AUGGAUAGAGCAGAGAAUCAGGAUUAUUACGGCGGUGGUGAUAUGGGUGAGGGCCGAUAUCAAGAGGGUGGUCGUAGUGAGGAAGGGUAUGGUCGUAAUGAGGGUGGACAAGGUCGUGGUGACGGAGGAUACGGACGUCAAGAAUCUAGCUACGAGCAAGGUGGUUAUCAACAAGAAGGUCGACACCACCAAGGCGGACGACAAGAGUAUGAUCAGGGAGGAGGUCAAGGAUACAACCAAGGAGGUCAAAAUUACAACCAAGCUGGUCGUCAGGAGCAUCACCAGGGUGGUUACGCAGGCGGUAACGCAACUCAAGGAGGAAACUACGGAGGCGGUGGUGGUUACGGCGCCGACGACGACGAUGAUCUCCAAGGCGCCGUUAAACACGCAAACGAGCACGCUGGUGGAAGUGGAAACUCAGAUCUAUUCUCCAGCAUCUUAAGUGGAUUCAUGGGCAACAAACAAUCUAUCGGCCAACAACCCAUCAACGAACAAGACGCCGUCCAAUCCCACCAACAAUACUACUCCUCCUCCUCCGGCCCCAGCAACGCAUCUUCCUCGUCCAUGGGCUCCGCCGCCGCCAUGCAAGCACUCAAGAUGUUCACUGGCGGCCAGAGCGGCAACACGCCUCAGGGGAAUAGCCAGAAUGCCUUCGUCGGCAUGGCGAUGGCGCAGGCGAGUAAACUGUUCGAUCACCAGCAGAGCCAGGGGAAUGUGGCGAGUGGGAAUAGUAAGGAGAGCGCGAUUCAGCAGGCGGGCGAGAUGGCGUUGAAGAUGUAUAUGCAGAGUCAGGGGAAGAGUGGUGGUGGCGGGGCGAGUGGGUUGAUGGGGUUGGCUAGUAAGUUUUUGUAA